AUGGUGAACUACUAUCGCCGUUGUCUUCCCCAUGGUACCACCAUUCUGCAGCCACUCAACAGCCUUUUGACUCACUCUAAGAAGAAACCGGUGAUGACCGAGGAUGCCGUCAAAUCCUUCAAUGACGUCAAGGUCGCAAUUGUGAAAGCAACUCUGCUUGCCCACCCCCGCUCAGAUGCCCAGCUAACUCUCAUGACAGAUGCUUCCAGCACUGCAUUUGGUGCAUCACUGCAGCAAACUGUUAGUGGUGUUCUACAGCCUGUGGCUUUCUUCUCGAAGAAGCUCAGCCCAGCAGAGACCCGCUACAUUGUCUUCGGCCGAGAACUGCUCGCUGUCUACUUAUCCAUCCGGCACUUCCGACAUUUCCUCGAGGGUCGCGAAUUUGUCGUUCUGACAGAUCACAAGCUACUCGGUUUUGCACUGAGGGCCUCUCCCGAUCGAUACUCGCCCCGUGAAAGUCGUCAUCUCGACUGUAUCUCACAGUUUUCCUGCGACACCCAACAUGUUCAUGGUAAGGAAAAUGUGGUUGCUGAUGCCCUUUCAAGAAUCGAGAUGGCUUCCAUCACAACAGACGCUAUAG